AUGGAUGCUAGCUUCAUCAUUGAAUUCUUCAUCAUGUACUGUGGGAACGAUGAGUUACUCAAGAAUGGUAAAUUGUCACAGCCAUGGUUACAGGAAUCUAUACGUUUUGAUUUACUCUUACUUGAGAAUCAACUUCCAUUCUUUGUUAUUGACGAGCUGUUCAAUAAAGCUUUUCCUCAUGACCGUUGCGAUCUUAUUAGAUUGUUUCGCAUGCAAGGAAAAAUGUCUCAACAGCGACAUUCAUUCUCCGAGGUUGCAAGCCAUAUUCUUUUAUACAAUGCGAAUAAAUUGCAAGAAGCUGGCAUCAAGUUGAAGGCUAGUGAUAGCAAAUGCCUAUUGAACUUGAGAUUUUCAGGGCAUGUUCUUGAAAUUCCAAAAAUUCGGGUGGAUGUUUACACUGAGCUUUUUUGGGGUAAUAUUAUAGCAUUAGAACAAUGCCAUUAUCCUGAUAAUGAUUACAUUGCUGACUAUGCUCUUCUUUUUAAUGGGCUAAUAGACACAUAA